GAUUUCAGUAAGGCUACAUGAAUUUCCAGGCCAGCAUACUGAUGCAGCCGUAGUAUUUGAGUAUGAUUUUACUAUUGAUGGAUUUUGGCUGUAGUCGUAUUAUUUGAAAUUUAGUUUACAAUUAUAAUAUAAAUAUUGUGCAGGGAGAAUAACAAAAUGUUGCCAUAUUGUUCCACAGAUAUUGACCUCUGGAUAAUGAAAUGAUAACUUUGGAAUGAUUUCUAUAGGUCCCUUACAAGAAAAAGAGAGUGAGAUGAAUUAUAUGUAGGAUUCGGCUGCAACCAGUACCCUGCAAGAGUCCUUGGGAAGGUGCAUCUGCUAUUAGCAGCAGCGUGGAGGAGGCGAGGAGUGUCAGUAUCCUGUUCAAUGAGUCCCAGCUGGAGACGCCAGAAAAACCCAGCUGGCUGAUAUAAGCCAUUACUCAAGGGAAACUAAACCAUGGCUUGGAGGGAAUUCGGUGUCCUCAGCUGGCUCAGAGAGAGUCGGCAAUCCCGGAAACUAAUCUUGUUGAUUGUCUUCAUUGCUCUGCUCUUGGACAACAUGUUGCUUACUGUAGUUGUGCCAAUUAUUCCCAGUUACUUGUACAGCAUUACACACCAAAAAAAUGCAACUGAAAUCCAAACUAUUAGGCCGGAGACAUCUACAUUAAGCCUGAAUAGUUUUCAAAGUAUCUUCUCCUAUUAUGACAACUCCACAAUGAUUACUGGAAAUCAUUCUGAAGGGACAAGACCAGGAGAUUUUUAUCACGCUCGGACAGAGCAAAUGGUGGUAAAUAUGACUAAGGCAUCACCACCCUCUGACUGCCCCAAGGAAGACAAAGACCUGCUAAAUGAAAAUGUCCAAGUUGGUUUGUUGUUUGCUUCCAAAGCAACUGUGCAGCUGCUUACUAACCCUUUUAUAGGGCCAAUGACAAAUAGAAUAGGCUAUCAGAUUCCCAUGUUUGCUGGCUUCUGCAUCAUGUUUGUCUCAACAAUUAUGUUUGCCUUUUCAGAAAGCUAUAAGUUACUAUUUAUAGCAAGAUCUCUUCAAGGAGUCGGAUCUUCUUGUUCUUCUGUAGCUGGUAUGGGUAUGCUGGCCAGUGUGUAUACUGAUGAUGAAGAAAGAGGCAAUGCAAUGGGGAUUGCCUUGGGAGGCAUGGCUAUGGGGGUAUUAGUGGGACCGCCUUUUGGAAGUGUAAUGUAUGAAUUUGUUGGGAAGACAGCACCUUUCCUGGUGUUAGCAGCAUUGGCUCUUUUAGAUGGUGCAAUACAAUUGCUAAUUCUGCAACCAUCCAGGAUACAACCAGAAAGUCAGAAAGGAGCAUCGCUGCUGACACUCUUGAGGGAUCCAUACAUCAUAAUUGCUGCAGGAUCAAUAUGUUUUUCAAAUAUGGCAAUUGCUAUGCUGGAACCAGCUUUGCCCAUCUGGAUGAUGGAGACAAUGUGUUCAAGAAAAUGGCAACUCGGCGUUGCUUUUAUUCCUGCCAGUGUCUCUUAUCUGAUUGGAACUAAUAUUUUUGGGGUCCUUGCACACAAAAUGGGACGGUGGCUUUGUGCUCUAAUUGGGAUGGUAAUAGUGGGAAUAAGCAUUUUGUGUGUGCCACUUGCUAGAAAUAUAUAUGGACUCAUAGCACCAAAUUUUGGGGUUGGUUUUGCCAUUGGGAUGGUGGAUUCUUCGAUGAUGCCUAUUAUGGGUUACCUUGUUGAUCUGCGCCAUGUUUCAGUCUAUGGAAGUGUCUAUGCAAUUGCAGAUGUUGCAUUUUGUAUGGGAUUUGCUUUAGGUCCAUCUGCUGGUGGUGCCAUUGCAAAGGCAAUUGGAUUCCCAUGGCUCAUGACCAUUAUAGGAAUCAUUGACAUCCUCUUCGCUCCUCUGUGUCUGUUUUUGCGCAGCCCUCCUGCCAAGGAAGAAAAAAUGGCAAUACUUAUGGACCAUAACUGUCACUAUAAAACCAAAAUGUAUACGCAGAACAACAUCCAGUCACAUCCAAUAGGCGAUAAUGAAGAAGAAUCAGAAAGUGAUGAGUAAUUUCUGAAAGCCAUAUCAAGUAGUUUAAUGUAUACAAGUGUUUCCUGUGGAACAUCUCAUCAAGACGUUUUAGUUGUACUGUACUUUUAAUGGUAAAAUAGUAAACAAGAAAAAGCCAAAGGUAGCUUUAUUUAUUGCCCUUGAUUAUGAAGCAGAUUACCCACUGCCUUAUAAAAGGAGAAGGGAAGCUUUUAUAGGAGUUUGCUACAGUGUCAAGAAUUUGUGCAUUUCACAUUAUGCACUAUAUUUUUGAUUAAAUUAGUAGUGUAAAUCUAAAUCCAGAUCUAUGCCUUUAAAAUGUCCAUUCAUUAACACUUUGCUUAUUCCACCAUUUUCUCUAUUUGACUGAUCAGCAGCAGAGAGUGCCUGAAACUAACAAUGAUAAAUUAUCUGAUUGUACACUAUAUAAAAAAAUGAAAAUGUUGCAUUUGUCAAAUAGCUUUCCUUGAAACCAUGAAAUAGAAUACGUAAUUCCCCUAAUUAUAUGCAUUUCCCCAUUAUUCCUAGAGGAAAAAAUCAUUGAAAAAUAAAAUAUGGAAAUUGUGAGGGAUACAUUUAAUUGAACUCCUUAUUAUCAGAUAGUAGGCACUAAACCAAAAAUGGCUGUAUAUUUUGCUUGCCAACACAUUUGUGCAACUUAGGUGGAAAAAAUCUAUCUGUAUAGAAAUAUUGAUUCAGAGUGCAUUAUAUGAUUUAAAUUUCAGACAAGUGUUACUAGGUGCACACCAUAAAUUAAAUCCAAAUUGUGUCAGACACUUACAGAUGCAUAAUACUCGCAGAUGGACAAUCCCUCCCAUAUAACACAAGAGAAGACAGUUUAGACAAAUAUAUGACACUAGAAGCAAGACUGGUCGAUGUCUGAACAGUUUCACCUAGUCGAUUUGAAACUUCUCAACAAUUUGGAUGAAAUUGUUUUUUCUUUAUUUUUAUUUCUUAAAGCUUUAUUUUGAUUUUUAAGAGAGUUGCAUAACACAAAUGUCUCCUGGGGGACCUGUGUGUCUGCCCAAAUAAUAUAAAUCUAAGAGCUAUCAAUUAGGUAGUCAAAUUUUCACUCUUGGCUGGCCCUCGGGCAUGAGGAGACUACAGAACCACAGCCUUAGAAAGUAUUCCUGCUAUGGGCAGAGUAACUUGCAGCAAGGGGAUUUGGAGAGACGAGGACUGUGUAGAUUGCUAUAUGGGAGGAAUGUAAUAUCCCUGCCUCUUCUAAUUGAUAGGCAACUCAGCAGUCCAUUGAGCCCUACAACAGUGUUGUCCUUCAUUUGGACCUGAGCUCAUGAAAGGAUGUGUGAAAAUAGUUGUGAAAAUAGAAUUCCAACAAAUGAUAGACCAUGUAUCAAUAUCAAAUAUUUAGUGUCAUGUACUUGUCAUGCUGUUUGUAAAACAUGAUCUCUGUGCCUUCUUUCAUUUAUCAACAGAUGGUUUGUGUCUUAAAGCAGACACUUUGUUUACAUAUUUUUGUAAGUGUAUAUAUUGGUCAAAAUUAGAGAUGCUGUAGAUUAAUUAUUGUUAAUUAUGCAGAAAAGUAACAACUUGGAAUGUUAUCAUUUCUUGGAAAACCCCCAAAUAAACGGUGGACAAUUU